UCUUAACUUGAAGCUUCUGCACUGUGAACAGCCUUAACUGCUAGAAAACUUCCAGAGACUUGUAUGUUGCACAGUCCUUCACACAGCCCCCAAGAGCAAUUCAUCCAAUGAGUUUUUUUUUGAACAGAUACUCUCCCUUUGCUUGGCUUGCAGCUCUUCAAAGAGGUUGCUGGUGUCCUAGGUCCUGAAAUCCUUUUUAAGAGUAAGGCUGGAUACAAUGACUAUCAAUGGGAGACCCAAACUCCUCAGGAGGUGCAGGAUCACAUGGAGGACAAGCAAAUGAAAGUAACGGGUUGCAAGAAGCUAGUACAUACUGCAGCAGUAAGGAGUCUCUGGGCAAAAAAGCAUGUACCUCGCUUUCGAAGAAGAAGGUAACAGAAGAAGGAAAAAAGGCCACACAGAGUCACUUAGCUCCACUUGAUGAACACACAAAGCGAGUAACCAAGCAUUUUUGUGACUGGCUUAUGUCUUUGGAGGGUGGGAACUGCGGUAUUGAAGAAGAUGCACUUAAGAGUUUGCUCCACCCCAGCAGUGAAAGUAAGGAGGCCGGCCUCCUUACACCUUUCUGUGCAGCGAAACUCAAUGAUGGGCAAGCAGACCAGUCGGGAAAACAGGAGAUUUCACCUCUCAAGUUUGCUGUCAGGAGUUCUCAUCAUCUAGGUUGCCUGCCCUGCCAAGUUAAGGUCCCUUACCAACUGAAAAGGGAGAAGAUCCGAUACGGAGCGUGGUAUCUUGACCCCAAAACAUGGAGAAAAGAGAUAGUGAAUAAACCAUUAGAAGCUCUGGAGAAAGCAAUAAAUAGCCUCAGGAAUGCAAAGCAUCAUUUGAGUAAAAAGGAGAUGGAAGUUGCACAGCUCCACAGCACACAGACCUUUAAGGAGUUCCUGGAGAGAAAGGGCUACCAAAAGCCUCAGUUCCUUCUGAAAAUGCUGGCUGGGGGAAAUGAUACUGGAGCUCGGGAGGAGACAUCCAAAUCUUCCAAGAAAUGGUGUCCAGAGAGAAACGACAAAAUCAAAGAAAGUUCUUCCACUACUGUUAAUACGGAUUUCUAAAUUCUCUUAAAAUGAACAAGCUAGUAGCUGAGCUGUUCCUAAAAAUGUUCUUAUAUUAGAGUAAACUUAAAGAUAGCUUUGAGUUUCUUCUGAAGUGGCCAGAUUGAAGAUCUUAUUUGUACUACCAAAUUGUAAGCAUAAACUACAUAGCGAGCUUGGUAGUGCUUCAGCCUGCCUAAAAGGCACUUGAGAUGUCUUGUGUGCUUUAACAUACUGGCUUAAUUAAAGAUCCUGGGCUACAAUCGAAUUUUUGGUUUUUAAUUAUCCACAUUGUGCCUACUGCUUUACAGAAUAUAAGUAAAUAAUUUCUGUGAAAUCUUUAAAUUAUAUCUGGCAGCAAUCUUUUUAACCACUGAAAAAAAACCACAAACCUUCCAUCUGAAAGAACAGUACUGCUUUGUACACUGCAGAAUGAUUCCUGCAUGGAUGAACCUUGCACUAACAAAAGCAGUGUUAAUAUAGGAAGGCUGCUAAAAAUCAUAGCCUGUCAUCUGUUUGUAUACCACAAAUACCUAAUAAAGACAACUCAAACCCAUUCUUGCAUAGAACCAUUAAUUCCUGGUUCAUCCUGUAUACCCUAGGGGAGGAGAGAAAACACUUUUUUCAGCAGGGAUGACCAGACCUCACUUACUCUUAUUUUACUGUCCUCAUCUUUCAGGUAAGAAUAUAGAGCCUGACUGUUUAUUGCUUUGAGCUAUCACUUAAAAUUUGUCUAACACAAUUGAGUAACAAAGGGUGAGCAAGGCUGUCAGUUUUGGACUCUCCCUCUCAGAAAAUAUGUGGAGAAUUAAUCCUGCUUUAUUAGAAAGCUCAGUAGCAUGUGGACUCUGCUGAAACCUUUUUUCUUAUUUCCCAGUGACUGCUCUAAGAUCAUCAAAGCAAGUAUUUGUUCACAGCUGCUUGGACCAUGUUCUGUGCUCUGAUUUCCUUUUCCUUGAAUGCCUUUUGUGAGUCUCUUCUGCUGCCAUUGCUGGACUCCCAAGAUGUGCUGCAGCGUGAUUUCCAGUGGUCCGUCCUGUUGUAAGUAAAUAGCUAUCUCCUACAGCCUCUACAAGGUCAGUACUGGGCUGAGCAGGAGUUCCAGGUGCAUGGGUUUGAAGGACCAGUGGCUAAUACCCAUUGACUAAUAUGCAAAGUAUUCGAGGGAGGUUAACUAGUUACCUCAAAUACUUCUGUCCAUUAGGUAUUUGUAGGAUACUACAUGCUGGAGGAUUUUUCUGACAUGUUUGAUGUAGUUGUGUCCUGGUGUGACAACACCUGCUUCUGUGUUGACAAAGUGCUUCACCAGCUCUGGGUCACGUAGAUCUAAAGUCUGUUAACGCAAGCCAUCUUCUGAAUAUAUCUGCUAUGGUUCUGUGUCCAUGUGUUACACAUGAUUUUCCUUAGAGGCAAAUGUUGUGUGUGUUCAUUUUCCUCAUGGCAGUCUUUUGGACUUUGUUACAACAGUAUUUGAGCAUUUUGAUGCCUUAAAUCUGUAUUUACCAGCAGCCCUAUGAGAAUGAAUUGUAUGUUCAGCUCUGUUUCAGCGAUGAAAAGCUAGUCCUACAAAGGAGAUGAUGUUGGUGCCUGUUCAUUGUGCUAGGGAACUCCGUGUCUAAAGGAUCUUCCAACACUAGAUGUACAGGCUGAGUCACUUGCUGGGUGGGUACCUGUGAGAGGGGUUUCAUACCACAGGCUUUCCAUUGCAUACGUGGCAGUUUCACAGUUCUGCUGAGGCUUAGGGGCUCAGAGCACUAGCAACUGAGGCUUCAGCUGGUGUCUGCUAAUCUGCCAACUAUGGUAAAAGCUAGAUAGGAGGCCCUCUUCACUCACCGAGGUGCGACUCUUGCUAUAUCUGAGCCCAAGGUGUACACCACACAGCCACUUGAAGGCAGCUUGCAGCAAGGCCAAGAGCUGAACUUGGUCUCCCAAACUCUGGACUGUUACCUGCUCUAGCAGCCUUCUCCCCCUGCUCAGGCUGAACUUGGCCCACAACCCACACCUGAAUGAUUUCCAAGUCAUUUACCUACACCUUACUCAGAAUUGGAAAUUUCACGUUUAGGCAGAUAACUCCUGUGGCAGAGCUCCAAGCGCUGUCAAGAGUACCCCCAAAAGGUGCAUUUUUCAAUAGUGUGGUAAAAUUCCUAUCUGCAGUUUAAAAUAUAGAGAGGGAUUUAGGUGUUAAUUGGAUUUUUUUAAUUCCAAUCCUGUGCAGAAUCACAGCACCUUGAAACAGCUCAAUUAUGCAGAACUGAUGGUAAAAUAAAUCAGUUCAGCCUCUGUCUAUCAUAGGUUCCACAAGUGCAUCAUAAUGUUUCUAUCUCAGUAUUUCAGGAGGGUUCUCCUGUAAGUAAAACAGUUGCUUAGUGAGAGCUUCCUGUGAAGUAGGCAAGAAUAUCAUUAUAGACUUGGCUUCUUAUGAACACCACUGGAACAUAACAGUGCUGCAGAAAAAAUUUAUUUAAUGCCUCAUUGAUAAAAUUAAAACUAUGGUAAUAAGGAUUUUGCUGUUUUUUCAUUAUUGCAAUAAUGUGUGACGCCAGAUGUGACCUUUUCAGAACAGCCUAAGCCUUUACAAUCAACUUCUGACAACACUGAGAAACAUGCCAGCCAUCCCAAAUACAAAGCUAGACACCUUAUGCACUCGCGUACAUGAUGUAUAUAUGGA